AUGAAUCAUUUUAUGCCAAUUAAAUUUAUAAACUAUCGUGUAACAUCUAUGAAAGUUUUUAUUAAAUCUUCAUCAACUGUUCAAUCUAAAUUCGAUUUGGGAAAUGAAAUGAAAUCAUUUAAUGAUAAAAAGCAAUUCAAAAAGGCACUCGACUUAUUUGAUAAACAUACGAAAAACAAUAUUGAAAUGCAUUCAAGUUUAGUCAUUACUCAAGCUUUGAAAGCAUGUACUCAUAUAAAAGAUGUUCAACGUGGUUCAGAUAUUCAUCGUCUUAUUUCAUCUCGUACUCAACAUGAUUUUCACAUAUUAGCCUCAUUACUUCAUUUUUAUAGUUAG